GCUAAAAAAUGCUCACUUUAAAUCACAAAUAUUUAAGGAAUUAAUCGGGACCGCGUCUGGUUACAUCAUGAUCAUUAGCAUGUGACUAUAUGAGAAAGCUGUAUGAGAUAUAUUUACUUGUAUACUCCUAUUCUGGAGCCCAGAAUAGCACGCACAUUUGGAAUCUGUACAUUCUUAAACAAUGGAUUCACAGAGCGUCAGGGCAUCUCAGGAAAAUGUCACAUGUAAAAGUUACGUAGACAUGGAUUUGUUUCUUCAUUGCUCUCUUGUUCCAUCGGUUCUUAUCAUCUUGGCACUGUCCUUUCUUGAGAGGCGCAGAAACAAGACCAUCAUUGAUGAUAGAAUACAACUUCUGGAUAGACGUUUUGGCUUUGUCAUUCCUUUAGAUCUUAUUGGAACAUUUAAUAACAGAUGGACAUUCGGUUUUGCCUUUGGAGCCAUAGCUAAUAAAGUAAUGUCUCUCUUCUCUGACGAGUAUUUGCCAGCAGGUACACCUCCUUGGGCAAGAGCGCUUGGUCUUUUAGCUGGAGCCCUAGAAGUUGGACUGUCCUAUUACCCCAUUUUUGCAUGUCUUACCUCAGACAAUAAAAUAAUUGGAUCCAUUACUGGAUUUUUGUACAGCCUCACUUGGUUUAUAGUGAUGCUUGUAGACAUUGUGUUAUGUCCACAUGGAGAUAUGAUAGGUCUAUACGAAAAGGUCAUUUUUAACUGGCCAUCACUACUGUGCUUCAUCUUCCUCUUAGGGAGGUUUGUUCACAUGUUUAUUAAAUCCAUUGGAAUAUUGAUGGGAUCAGAUAUUAGCAGAGAUGAAACUCUCUUUCUGCCUGAACAUCAAGCUAACCACGUUAAGAGACUCUUCAGAAAACCUGUAGAGGAACAGAAAUCCUGGUUUGAGAGAAAAAUCUAUACUUGGGAUCCUUGUUUUAAGUUCCCCAGUAGAAUGAUUGGCACUACUGUUCUAUCCUUAUUUUGUCUCUAUAUGUUUGUCACCUUAGAAGUCAGCGUAUUUCAGCUUAUUUCACAACUGCUUUACACACUAGAGGAAAAUAUGGAGCAGUUGAUACCUGAAGUGGCAUGGAGUGCAUACAACCAAACAGUUGUCAACGUUAAAGAAUUCAAUGGUGCAAUAAAAGGUGUUUGGUUUUUUACUACCUUUUCAUCAUGCUUUAUCACCGUGACAUAUAUAUUUCACAUAUUAGUCUGCUACAGAAAACACAUGAAGCGACUUUGGGUAGGAGAAAAGGGCUUUCUUCCAAUCAAGUAUCACAAACCUUCGCCAUCUCAAAGUGUGGCAGCCAUUGCAAGAUACUCCGGCUGGCAAGUUGCAUACAUUUUAUGGGGGUACCUGAUAUUACACAUAGUGCAAACACUAUUUGGAAUGUGUUUUGUGUAUGCAUUUGUUUUUCCAAUAAAGCAUGGACAAGGAAUUGCACUUUUGCGUGGUUUAGGUUUCUCCGUUCUCUCCAUUGCAAUUGUUAUUGGGUUGAUGGUUUUGCAAGUUCAGCUAGCAGGUCAUUUCUUCCUGCAAAAGAAGAUUUCCCCAGAAGAUAAGAAGAAGCCAUUAGCUCUAAACAAUAGGAAAGCGUUCCACAACUUUAAUUAUUUCUUCUUCUUCUACAAUGUGAUCCUUGGUUUGAGUGCAUGUUUAAUUAGACUGCUCAGUAGUUUGGUUUUGGGGAGCUGGCUAGUUGCUCGAAUUGACAGAACAAUAUUGCAAAGAGGCUAUGAAUCAAGUGAUAUGGGUUACAAUACAUGGAUUGGGAUGAUCUAUGUGGAUCACUAUCACACUAACCCUGUUCUAAUGAGUUUUUGCAAUGUUCUCCUAGAAAGGAGAGCUGAGAAAGGACUCAGAGAAUCAAUUGCUUACUACACAUUUACCAGCUCAACAGAGCCACAUUCAUCAAAUAAAGCCAGAACAAGGUGGUUUCUCUGCUACACACUUUUAAACAAUCCAAGACUGAUAAUACAGCGGAAACCCAAACAGCUAGAUGAUCUAGAUUCAAUAAAUGCAGUGAGCCAUACCAGACUUAUCAAUGCCUCUGUGCUGGAAGCUGAAGUGAGAAACAACAAGGAAAGACCAAUUGUGUGUAGCGAUGUGGAACUAACAGACACAACAUGAUCAGUAUUUAUUCACAGUCCAGAUACCAAGCAACAGACCGAGAUUUUAAUCCAGAGCACUUUGUAUAUGUAACACAAAAUUAUACUUAUUAGAAUGUUUACCAAUACAUCUAUAAAGAUGCAAUUGGGGGUCCUGUGGCUGAGACGCUAGGCAAAGGUGAGUUUCAACUUACCUGAAACUGUCCUUUGCGGGUGUCUUCUGGCCAGACCUCUUCUGUUACUGGUGCUUAGGCGCCUGGAGCAAAAAUCACUGAUGUACUCUUUUGCGUGAGCGCAAUAGAUAGAGCCAAUUCCCUGCAGCUGUCACUGGUGAUGGCUGAGAGAAUGACACUUCUAGACAGCGGUACCUCCACCAACGUCUAUAAGUGUCAGGCAUAGAAAAAAUACUGAGACAAAGUAGUCCAUACAUUGUCUCUGUGUAUCUCUUGACUGGGUUGAAAUUUCAUGAAAUUCCUACACAGUCAAUAUGAGUAUUUCAUAAAGAUUUUAUGAGUAUGAAAUACUCUUUUUUUUUUUUUUGGAAGGUGGGGGGGGGGGGGGGGGGUGACAGUGCCACUUUAAA